AUGAUCCCUUCAGACGAGCCCGAUGUGCUACUUGAGGAGCAUUACUUUUACAGCUUCGAGAGUGCACAGUUUCAUCUCAGUCAAGAUGAUCCUCAAUUUUCUAUAAUCGGCAUCUAUAGACCGUGGGACUAUGAUAUAACUAUGUGUCUGAAGGAAGAGCUGGUCGAACUUGAGCUUCGCUACGAAAUGAUUGUCGAUGACAAAAAAAAGGCGAAGUACAUCGAGUUGAGCAAGGAUUUGGUAAAUGUGAUUGGAUUGGCCUCAAUGAGAUUCCUCUGGGAAAAGCUGAACAUCAACGUUAGUCCUCUUCGCUUCCAGAAUUUGCUUGUGUCUAUAAAGGAAGUAUAUGCUUCUAUCACUUUCCGAAUUAUAGAAUCUGAUAAAUACGCCGAAUGUGAGUUUAAAUAUACCUAUAUUGAUUUAUUUAUUUAUGUAUUUAUUUGUAUAAAUUGA